AUAAAGAAUGUGCUAAAUGUAAAAACCAAUUAAUGGAACCUAAAGAUUUUGAUUCAGAAUCUCUUUCACAAGAGUCUCAAGUUUCAUUACAUUCUACAAACACAUAUUAUGAAACUGAUGCAGAUGAUUUUAUAGAUGAUAGUGAACUUAGAAUGGAUGAUUCUUCAAGUUCCAAAUACCAGAUUGAUAAUGAGAUUAAAGUUAAGUUCACAGAACAAACUAAUUUGAUGCAAAUAAACAAGAAAAUAAUUGAUCAAUAUGAAGGAGAAUGUAGAUAUUAUGCAUUAUGUUUGAUAGUAAAUUCUGAAAAGAAAAUUUGGAUGA